CAAUUUCAAGAAAUAAUGAAGCACAUCAUCUACCUCUUCUUCUUCCUGAUUGGUCUUCAUGUCCAUUGCCAUCACCUCCCAGGACAUCACAAUGAUCAGGAGACAGAUGAAAAUCCAGUGGAACAUCAACAUCAGCAUUUGGAGGAAGGACAAGACAAUAAGACGGCAAAAUGCCAUAAGAUUGCCCCUAGUAAUGCUGAUUUUGCAUUCACAUUAUACAGACAAAUUGCUUCUGAUGGGGCUGGAAGAAAUGUGUUUUUUUCUCCGGUGAGCAUUUCCACAUCCAUGGCGAUGCUCAGCCUUGGAGCUAAAUCAGAGACUCAGUCUCAGAUUCAUAAAGGACUUGCCUUUAACCUGUCAGAAAUUGAAGAGAAGGAGAUACAUGAAGGCUUCCAGCAUCUCAUCCAUAUGCUCAACCGUCCAAAGAACAAAGCAGAGAUCAACAUAGGGAAUGCCUUGUUCAUAGAAGAAUCCUUAAAAGUUCUGCCUAAGUUUUUAGAGGAUGCCAAAACCCUUUAUGAAUCUGAAGGCUUCUCUUCCAACUUCCAGAAUGCUACCCUUGCUGAAAAACAGAUAAAUGAUUAUGUAGAGAACAAAACCCAUGGGAAAAUACCCCAAGCAGUUGACGGUCUGGAUCCAAGCACUGUGAUGGUUCUCCUUAACUACAUCUUCUUUAAAGGAUUCUGGGAACACCCUUUCAACACCCGAUCCAUUAGGGAAGAAGAUUUUUUUGUCAAUGCAAACACAACUGUGAAAGUCAACCUGAUGUUCCAAAAUGGUCACUACAAAUAUCUCCAUGAUGAUGACCUGUUUUGCACAGUGGUAGAAAUCCCAUACAAAGGAGAUGCUUCAGCGUUCUUCAUUCUUCCAGAUGAAGGGAAAAUGCAGCAAGUGGAGGAUGGUUUGAUGAAAGGGCAUCUAUCAAAAUGGGGGAAAGCCUUUCAAUACAAGCAACUUGAUGUGUACAUUCCAAAAUUCUCUCUGUCUAAAUCCUAUGAUGUCAAAGUCUUGCUCCAGAGACUGGGUGUGACAAAUGUCUUUGAUCAAAAUGCUGAUCUAUCUGGAAUUGUUGAAGAAGGCGACCUGAGAGUUUCUAAAGCAAUCCAUAAGGCUGUGGUGGAUGUUCACGAGUCUGGAACUGAGGCAGCAGCAGUGACCGUGAUACAGAUUACACGCAUGUCUGCUCACAGACCUCCUCCAACUGUCUUCAGAUGUGACAAACCUUUCCUGUUUCUCAUUUGUGAUAAAAUGACAAACAGUAUUCUAUUCUUUGGGAAAGUCAUGAACCCAACUGAAAAAUCUGAACAAUUUCCAGGAAUAAUGAAGCCCAUCAUCUACCUCUUCUUCUUCCUGAUUGGUCUUCAUGUCCAUUGCCAUCACCUCCCAGGACAUCACAAUGAUCAGGAGACAGAUGAAAAUCCAGUGGAACAUCAACAUCAGCAUUUGGAGGAAGGACAAGACAAUAAGACGGCAAAAUGCCAUAAGAUUGCCCCUAGUAAUGCUGAUUUUGCGUUCACAUUAUACAGACAAAUUGCUGCUGAUGGGGCUGGAAGAAAUGUGUUUUUCUCUCCAGUGAGCAUUUCCACAUCCAUGGCGAUGCUCAGCCUUGGAGCUAAAUCAGAGACUCAGUCUCAGAUUCAUAAAGGACUUGCCUUUAACCUGUCAGAAAUUGAAGAGAAGGAGAUACAUGAAGGCUUCCAGCAUCUCAUCCAAAUGCUCAACCGUCCAAAGAACAAAGCAGAGAUCAACAUAGGGAAUGCCUUGUUCAUAGAAGAAUCCUUAAAAGUUCUGCCUAAGUUUUUAGAGGAUGCCAAAACCCUUUAUGAAUCUGAAGCCUUCUCUUCCAACUUUCAGAACACUGCAAUUGCUGAAAAACAGAUAAAUGAAUAUGUAGAGAACAAGACCCAUGGGAAAAUACCCCAAGCAGUUGAUGAUCUGGAUGCAAGCACUGUAAUGGUUCUGCUUAACUACAUCUUUUUUAAAGCAUUCUGGGAAGACCCUUUCAGUACUUUAUCAAUGAUGGAAGAAGAUUUUUUUGUAAAUGCCAGCACAACUGUGAAAGUCAACCUGAUGUCCAAAGAGUCCUAUUACAAAUAUCUCCAUGAUGAUGACCUGUUUUGCUCAGUGGUGGAAAUCCCAUACAAAGGAGAUGCUUCAGCACUCUUCAUUCUUCCAGAUGAAGGGAAAAUGCAGCAAGUGGAGGAUAGAUUGGGAAAAGGACAUCUGUCCAAAUGGGCAAAGACCUUGGAAUACCAUAAAGUAGAUCUCUAUAUUCCAAAAUUUUCUCUGUCUACAUCCUAUGAUGUCACAAGCUUCCUCCAGACAAUGGGUGUGAAAAAUGUCUUUGGUGGCAAUGCUGAUCUGUCUGGAAUUGUUGAAGAAGGCGACCUGAAGGUUUCUAGAGUUAUCCAUAAAGCGGUGGUGGACGUUCAUGAGUCUGGUACUGAGGCAGCAGCUGUUACUGUGAUAGAGAUUCAGAACCUAUCUCUUCGGAUUCCUCCUCCACCUGUCUUCAAAUGCAACAGACCUUUCCUGUUUCUCAUUUUUGAAAAGAUAACAAACAGCAUCCUCUUCUUUGGGAAAGUCGUGAACCCAAAGGAAAAAUGAAUAACAAGCAAACAAACAAAAUGCUAGUGUGGGAAUUAAACUCCUGCAAAUUGUGGUUUUUAUUUUGGAAAGAAUUGGAUGAAAUGCAUAAGCAUAGUAGCAGCCCCUUCUGAACUGAUGGAUCUUGACCAAUGUCAGACCAAUAGGUUAUACAGAUUGUGACAAAUUGAAGACAAAUAUGUACAAGGAUCAGGAACUUAUAAAAACUAAAGAAAG